CACACCACCCACCACCUCAACCACACACGACCACAGAGUGGUUCCUGCUGUUCUCUGAACCGCUGAAACCAAACCACCGUCGCUGCUGACUCACGUGACGCAGUCCGCCAGCUGCUACCGGGGAUCGUUGCAAUAAAGAGAUAUAAACCCCCUCUCCAGAGACCCGAACAGCCAGUAAGCCACAACAGGGGAGAGGAGUUGUAUCUGCAGGAGGGUCAAGUCACAGCAAGGGCAAACGGGGGGAAAUGACAAUGUUUACGGGCAAGCUGCAGAUCAAGGUGUGCGAGGCGAGCGGCCUGCGUCCAACAGAUUUCCAGAAGCGCCACUACCUAACAUUCGGCAAACUAGCCGAUGAGCAGCUCAUUGAUCCCUACGUCUCGAUAGAUGUCGACGAGAGUCACUUUGAUCGAUCCACCACACGCCCAAAGACAUUCGAUCCUGUCUGGAAUGAGCAGUUCGUGCACGAUGUUAACAAUGCCAAGAACAUCAACUUGACCGUCUUUCACGAUGCGGCCCUGCCGCCGGAUGAUUUUGUGGCCAAUUGUAUUAUAUCGUUCGAAGAUCUUAUGCAGAGCGAGACAGGCGCUCCAGAUCUAUGGGUCAACCUGGAGCCACAGGGGAAGAUCCAUAUCAUCAUUGAGCUGAAGAAAUGCAAUGAUCAAGCCAAAGCUGAGGCCGAGGUGGAACGCACUGUGGCCGUCAAUAAGGAGUUCAAAGAGCGCGCUGGCUUCAAUCGCCGUCGUGGAGCCAUGCGACGACGCGUGCACCAGGUGAAUGGUCACAAGUUCAUGGCAACAUUUUUGCGUCAACCCACCUAUUGUUCGCAUUGUCGGCAGUUUAUCUGGGGAAUUGGUAAACAAGGCUAUCAAUGUCAAGUCUGCACCUUAGUUGUACAUAAAAAAUGUCAUCUGUCCGUGGUGUCCAAGUGUCCGGGCAUGCGAGACGAGCAGCAGACCAAAGUGGAGGUGGUGCCUGCCGGCCAGAGAUUCAACGUCAAUGUGCCCCACCGGUUUGUGGUGCACAGCUACAAGCGGUUCACCUUCUGCGACCACUGCGGCUCGCUGCUGUACGGACUCAUCAAGCAGGGACUGCAGUGCGAGACCUGCUGCAUGAAUGUGCACAAGCGCUGCCAAAAGAACGUGGCCAACACGUGCGGCAUCAACACCAAGCAGAUGGCCGAGAUCCUCAGCUCGCUCGGCAUCUCGCCGGACAAGCAGGGCCAGCAGCCGCGCCGCUCCAAGUACUUGAAUCAGCAGGGUGGCGAGGAUAACUAUGGCGCCUCGCUGGGUGGAGACGGGGACAAUGUGCCCGGUGCAUCGUUCCGCAGUGGCACAAUGUCGGCCGACAGCCUGGCCACCUCCACGAGCACGCUGACCAGCGGGUACAACAGCAGCAGCUGCAUGAGCCUGGCCGUGGGCGGAGCCACCGGGGACACACGCCCCGGCAAGUGCUCGCUGCUGGACUUUAACUUCAUCAAGGUGCUGGGCAAGGGCUCGUUCGGCAAGGUGAUGCUCGCCGAGAAGAAGGGCACCGACGAGAUCUAUGCCAUCAAGGUGCUGAAGAAGGAUGCCAUCAUCCAGGACGACGACGUGGACUGCACCAUGACGGAGAAGCGCAUCCUGGCGUUGGCCGCCAACCAUCCCUUCCUGACUGCGUUACAUUCCUGUUUUCAGACACCGGACCGCCUGUUCUUCGUGAUGGAGUACGUGAAUGGCGGCGACUUGAUGUUCCAGAUACAGAAGGCGCGUCGCUUUGAGGCGGCCCGUGCCGCCUUCUAUGCGGCGGAGGUGACAUUGGCGCUACAAUUCCUUCACACCCACGGUGUCAUCUAUCGCGAUCUGAAGCUGGACAACAUUCUGCUCGAUCAGGAGGGGCACUGCAAGCUGGCCGACUUUGGCAUGUGCAAGGAGGGCAUCAUGAACGGCAUGCUAACCACAACAUUCUGUGGCACACCCGACUACAUUGCCCCGGAGAUACUCAAGGAGCAGGAGUAUGGCGCAUCCGUGGAUUGGUGGGCGCUCGGCGUGCUCAUGUACGAGAUGAUGGCCGGCCAGCCGCCGUUCGAGGCUGACAAUGAGGACGAGCUCUUCGACUCGAUCAUGCACGACGAUGUCCUCUAUCCCGUUUGGCUGUCCCGCGAAGCCGUUUCCAUAUUAAAGGGUUUUCUCACCAAGAAUCCGGAGCAGCGUCUGGGCUGCACUGGCGAUGAGAACGAGAUACGCAAGCAUCCAUUUUUCAGUAAGCUCGACUGGAAGGAGCUGGAGAAGCGCAACAUAAAGCCACCAUUCCGACCAAAAAUGAAAAAUCCACGCGAUGCCAACAAUUUCGAUGCGGAGUUCACCAAGGAGGAUCCGGUGCUGACACCCAUCGGAAACGAUGUCAUACGCUGCAUCAAUCAGGAUGAGUUCGCUGGCUUCUCGUUUGUCAAUCCAAAGUUCGGACCAGAGCGCAAAGUCUACUAGGGCCCAACGAUCAUUGUUCAUUUUCCCCUUCACUUUUGGAGGCAUCGCAUACGAUCUGAUCCGCCGAAACAACAAUACCCUGACACACCCUAGGGACCGGGCCCGGGCCGCAUAGAUCAGUCAGUGAGUUAGUGUUUUAAAUUGGGUGGACAUACAGAUCGAUCUGUGCCGUCAUCUAGCAUCAAUCAAGCAACUGUCAUCUGUGUCAUCUACCAUGUAGCAUCUAGCGUCUAGCGUAUUCCUCUAGCGUAUAUCCCUAGCACGAGCAAACUAUUCGUAUUGUUUCGCUUCAUUGUUGUCUGUUUUCCAGUUGUAGUCGUUGUCCUUAUUUCGCUCUAAAUCCUAGGUUCGAAUCAGAGAAGUGAAACAUUGCAAGUACCCAGUCACCCAGCCAUAGCCAUCUACACAACCAAGAACCAGUGCCAAAGCUUAGCUGCUUUAGCUGCUGCCCAACUUGAAUUUGAAUGAUGGCAGUGAGAACCAAGAAAUUGUUAAGUUUAACCGCAGAUUCCUCUUCCGUUUCCGCUUCCGCUUUAAGCUUCAAGCUGCAGCUACACUUGGAUGGAGCCUGUCUCCGCCGCUUAGAGAAUUUUAAUUUAUUUAUUGUAUUUGUACUUUAUUGAAGUUAUGUUGUUUUGCCAUGCCAAUCCACCGCCUCGCCCCGCACCCGAACCCAUCUAGUCAAUGCCCAAUGUGGGCAGCAAUUGUGGCUCAAAAAGUGCAAUUUUGUUAUUAGUUAUUUAUUGAUUAAUUGAUUGUUUAACGUGCCGAAUCUCAAGUUUCGCACUUAAAGGCAGGCAUAAAGACGGGCAGACAGCGUCCAAGCUUAGCUCUUGCUCCAAGCGAAUCUCAAGGGAACCUCUGAAAAAAAA